AUGGACAAACAGCCUCCAACCAACUUCAACCCCAAAGGCGGAAGUAUCGUCUUUAUGGGCUCCGUAGCCGCGUACGUUGCCAGUAAAGGGCAGAACACGAGCGAUUACUGUGCCAGCAAGGGCGCGGUUGUGGCUUUGUGUAAGGCUUCAGGUGUGGAGAUGGCGCAUAGGUGUAUUCGCGUCAAUAGUAUAUCGCCGGGUUACACAAUGACGGACAUGACACUUGUCGCGGUUCGAAGUGGAUUAGAGCAUGGGGUUGCGCUGGACUGGACGUCAGCGAACCUUGGUGAUUUACGAGCCUAUAGUGUUGUCAUUGCUGCUCCGCGUAUUAUCUCUGCACGACCUCAAGACAGUGCUGAGACAGACUGGUAG